GGAACAAGCAACAGCGCACCGCAAAACUCGGAGCUGUCGCAUUUACCUGUAGCCUUUUCAGGGUUAUUGAUGUUGAAUUACUUUAGGUCUAUUAGUGUCGAAUUAUUUUAGUGUUUUGCUAGAAACGCAGCGUUCUGUGAAGACUUUAGUGAAGAACUCGAAUAUCGGGGAGUGUAGCAUCCGCGGCUAGCCGACAAAACGCAUCAAAACUGACAGCCAGCAGUAUUUGUGCUUCAGUUUUAGCUGUCUUUACUGGACCGAAAGUUUUGAUCUUUUAUUAUUUUAUUUAACACCUACUACAGGAGGAAACAGUUUUUCGUUUAUAAUAACGUUAAUCGCGAAGGCUCCGGAGGCCUCGGAGCUGCGCCGCUAGCUUUUCUCGCAAUUGCGGGUCAUUUCGUGUUUUAGAGUUUCUUGGAUCUGUAAAUCUCCAUUCAAAGGCUGGACCUCUAGACACACCCAUACUGUUUGCGGAUCCCUCGUUUUCCCCUCAUUGUCUGUGGAUUUUCUUCCUCCGUGUCCACGGUUACCGACGGUUAGCUGCUUCCGGCGAGCUGGCGACGCCGCACAUCUCAGGAUAAACUCAACUCUCUGCCUCCUGCCCUCGAGGUGUGAGUCAGCCAGACCUCUUUUUGUGUGGCGGUUCAGGACAGGGCUGUCAGUUGUCAGUCAGUUAUGUCUGAAGAAGGAAAGCAGAGUGCCGCACCUGCCCCUGCGUCCACCAUGGACACGAAGUCUGAGUCCACAGCCAUUCCACCUGCAGGACAGGGGGUUUCAUCGGUGUCUCCACCGGUGUCCACAGUAACACAGCCUGCACCGUCUGCUACUGAGGAUGAGGAGGAAGAGAGUGAAGAUGAAUCUGAGAUUCUGGAGGAAAGCCCGUGUGGACGCUGGCAGAAGCGGAGAGAAGAGGUUAACCAGCGAAAUGUCCCAGGUAUCGACAAUGCUUAUCUUGCCAUGGACACUGAAGAAGGUGUGGAGGUGGUGUGGAAUGAGGUCAUGUUUUCUGAGCGCAAGAACUUCAAAUUACAAGAGGAAAAAGUGAAAGCAGUGUUUGAUAACCUCAUCCAGCUGGAACAUUUGAAUAUAGUCAAGUUCCACAAAUACUGGGCAGAUGUGAAGGAGAACCGAGCCAGGGUUAUUUUUAUCACAGAGUACAUGUCUUCUGGGAGCCUGAAGCAGUUUCUAAAGAAGACAAAGAAGAAUCAUAAGACCAUGAAUGAAAAGGCAUGGAAACGUUGGUGCACUCAGAUAUUAUCUGCCUUAAGCUAUCUGCAUUCAUGUGAACCUCCCAUUAUCCACGGGAACCUGACAUGUGACACCAUUUUCAUACAGCACAACGGACUCAUCAAAAUCGGCUCAGUGGCCCCAGACACCAUCAAUAACCAUGUGAAAACAUGUCGGGAGGAACAGAAGAGUUUGCACUUCUUUGCUCCAGAGUAUGGAGCUGUUGCCAAUGUUACUACAGCCGUGGACAUCUAUUCCUUUGGAAUGUGCGCCUUAGAGAUGGCUGUGCUGGAAAUCCAAAGUAAUGGAGAGUCUUCAUAUGUUUCACAAGAAGCCAUUAAUAGUGCCAUCCAGUCUCUGGAGGACCCACUGCAGAGAGAGUUUAUACAGAAGUGUCUGGAGGUGGACCCCAGUAAGAGGCCCACCGCCAGAGAGCUGCUUUUCCAUCAAGCUCUGUUUGAAGUGCCUCAAUUAAAACUACUGGCUGCACACUGUAUCGUCAGUCAUCAGCACAUGAUCCCUGAAAAUGCUUUAGAAGAAAUAACCAAGAACAUGGACCCCAAUCAGGUUAUAAUGGAAAGGAAAGAAAACCAACUAAAACUCUCACAGUUUCCUGCCUUGGAGCUUGACAAGUUCUUGGAAGAUGUGAGGAAUGGUAUCUAUCCGCUAACUGCCUUCGGCAUGCCCUGCCCCCAGCAGCCUCAGCAAGAGGCUGUCAAGUCCCCCAUCGUGCCACCCUCCGUCAAAACACCCACGCCUGAGCCCGCAGAGCUGGAGACCAGGAAGGUCGUACAGAUGCAGUGCAACAUUGAGCCUGUUGAGGAAGGAGCGAAACAUCAUCUGACCUUACUUCUAAAACUGGAAGAUAAGCUGAACCGACACUUGAGUUGUGAUUUGGCACCAAAUGAGAAUGUACAGGAGUUGGCUGUGGAACUGGUCCAGCUUGGUUUCAUUAGUGAGGGGGAUCAGCCACGUCUCACUACCGUGUUAGAGGAGGCCUUCUCUAGAUUUUACAGCCGCAAUGGCUCUCUGAAUCCGGUCACCGUUUCCUCAUAGCAGUGGGCUAAAUCUGUUAACUCCUCUCCACCAUCAUUUAUCUUCAUGCACGGGACGGGACGGGACUCCAGCGCUUCAUCACUCAAAGGAUUGUAUGUGAGCUUUGAGGGGACGCCUCAAAAAGAAAAGCACCCCUGCGCUUCACUCCACUUUAGGUGGUGGAAAAGUGUUGGCCGAUGGUCCCGGUGUACAUUUAUUCUGUCAGUGUAGCUUCUCUGUUUUAAAAGAAGAAAAAAAUGACUCUGUUAUUAUUUAAAUCAGUAUUACGAGCUGUAUUUCGGAAAGUUUUUGCUUACAGUAUGUGUGGGAUCGGUUACUUCUGGUUUGCACUUUAGCAAAACCUUUUUUUUUUUUUUGUCUUUUUAGGCACAUCACAUGCAUAUUUCAUGCUCUUUUAGUCACUCUUUCAAUCAUUCAUCAUUUUUUUAUUGUAAGAGGAAUGCGUUACUGUGUUAUUUUGAAAUUACCAAAUAACAUUGUUUGUACCUUUUAAGGCACACAUUAAUUGUGGUUAACUUUGGUCUGCAAUGCAAGAUCUACAACGACUGUGAAAGGAAAGGGGUUCUCGGAGCAUUGAAAAAACAGAUUAUUUAUCUAUAUGCGUAUGGUCUAUCUUAAAGCGUGUUUCACUUUCAUCAUUGUGGUGGCUGUUUUCUUUUUUUCUCAUUAUUACCUGUGAAUGUAUGCUGUACGUUUUCAUUUUAAUGGUUUCCAAGAGAAGGGCACUUGAUUUGUCUAUUUUCCCUGUAUGUGACACAGUUAUGAGUUUCAGUAUACAGACAUGAUCUACAGCGCAUCAGACGUGUUAAAUGUGCCUUUAACAGAGACACAAUCAAUCCCAUAUUCAAAAGACCCAUGGACUGACAACCACAUUGUAUUUUUAUUGCACCAUUUCAACUGGUCUGCAUGCUAGUAUACUGUAACAUGUCUUGGCAUAUUUGCAGUAUAUUAAACUUCUAGUGGUGCAUUUAAGAGCAUCAUUUCAGUCCAAAUAAGCAAGUUGUGCUUUUCUUGAUGGCAGUAAUUUCCACAGACCCCUUAUAAAUGCAUCAAAUCCGUCUGUUACAAGCAGCAAAUUUGAAAUAAUGCGUGAAAUAUGGACUCAAAAUGAAUUUUUUUCAGAAAAAUUGUGAUGCUUGUUUCAAAAGUUUAAGUUGCAGAUGGUUUCCAAUAUUUAGACAGUAAGAUGGAAAUGAUAGCUGAGCUAUUAAAAAGCACACCACAUUCAAUGCAGACCAGAGUAACAAAUUAUAACACCUUUAUAUGGAUGUUUUGAGAAAAACAACAACUGACUUCCUUAACAGAAGGACACUGUAAUGCUCAGAACCUCAAGCAUUUAGUUUGCCUCAUACAAAAUAUUCAGAAACUCAUAACUGCUUUUACUCUGUUAACCCUCUAUGUUUUCAAAGUUGCACCAUUUCUUGAUAUAAAGAUGAGAUUCGGAGUACU